AGGGUGCAUGUCAGCUGACCAAAUGUUGCAUACUUUGAUUUUGUAGCUUGCUAGCUGUCUUGUUACGCAAACCAUCUAUUUCCAUCAAUACGAGCUAAGUCAAUUAUCGUUAGUCUGAAAUUAUGCCGAUUGUUUGGUGUGAAACAUCACCACAAACAUUUAAUUGGCCAAAGUUGAUUACAAGCGUAAAGCGCUGCGUGUUCGCCCAUGGAGAAGACUGGGCUAUAGUCUUUAUUUGUGUUUGUUUAUCUGAACAAUUUAAAUCUGCGGCAGAAUCUAUCGAUAUUGUGACACAAUGUGUCACUUUUUCGCGAACUCGGCCAUUGUUUCGUAUUCGGUUAAAUUGUAGCUGAUUCCUAAAAAUUUAAAUAAAGAAUUCCAAAACGUUCCAGAAUGAUAAAACAACUUCCGCAUUCCGGUGUGACAUAUUAAGGGAUCUGGAUAAGUUACCUGCAACAAUGUAGCUAUGGGGAAAAAAUGACUUCUCCCAAAAUAAUUUAAUUGUAAAUUGUUCUGGAAAAAAUAUAUAUUACUCAGUACAAUUGUGCUCUCAUCCCACUAACGUUAUACAUGUGAAUUUUGCCUCAAAAAUGCCAAGUCACUUUAACCAAUAUCUAGCAAAGUGUUGAUGGUCCCUAACUUUGAUGUCGCUAGCCUGGCAGCAACACACUCACUACCUAGUUAGUGGUACAAGCUUUGAAAGAGGCGAAACUCAAUUGAUCUUGAACUCAACAGCAACAUGACGACCGUCUCAGGAUCUCAGACUGGGGCGAAGGUUCACCUUCCAAUAGGACAACGACCCUAAGCACACAACCAAGACAACGCAUGAGUAGCUUCGGGACCAGUCUCUAAAUGACCUUGAGUGGCCCAGCCAGUGCCCGGACUUGAACCUGAUCGAACACCUGGACAUCGCUGUGCAGCGACGUUCCCCAUCCAACCUGACAGAGCUUGAGAAGAUCUGCAGAGAAGAAUGGGAGAAAUUCCCCAAAUACAGAAGCACGAAUUCUUUGUGGACAUGACAUGUGAGGGAUGCUCUGGGGCAGUCACCCGAGUCCUCAAUAAACUGGGUGGUGUCCAAUUUGAGAUUGACCUCCCCAACAAGAAGGUUUUCAUUGAGUCUGACAAGGACACGGAUGUGCUUCUGGAAACACUUAAGAAGACUGGAAAGGCGGCUAACUACAUCGGCCCCAAGUGACGAAUCCUCCUCUUUUCUCUAUAGAACAGCUGUUGGUUGGUGCUGAUAUGAGGGAUGAUCAUGAGAAGAAAGAACCCUGGCUGACAUGUCUUCAUGGACCACUGGAAUGAGCUUGCACUGCCAAGCUGUCCACUUUCAGUAAUUUAAGCACUAUUAUUGAUGUGUCCCGAAUGCCACUCUAAAGGCCCAGGUCCAAAGUAGGGCACUGUAUACAGAAUAGAGUACUCUUUUGGGACGAAUCCACUGUGAAUAUCCAGUGUGAUUGAUGCGCAGGAUUAAAUAUAUCAUGUUAUCUAUAUGGGUUAACUUUACCGCAGGGAAAUGAAAGGAUGUAAAGAUCGCUGUCUCUGCUUUGUCUUAACGAAAGCACCUGUUGUAAUUCACAUUGAUUUGGGGGGAAAGACAACCAUCCUGUAUUACGUUUUCCUUUUGCUGUCUGAAUAUUGUUCAUGUUUACUCACAUGUCAAAUAAAAAAAAUGGUGAUUCUAGA